UUUCUCAUCAGUUCUACAGAGGCCUUGGAAUCCAAACUGGAGGCCUUGCAGUGCCACUUCACCUGGGAUCUAGAACCUACCAAGUCCAAACUGAAUAAUCUCAGGUAUGCACUGGAGGACAUCGGCACAGAUGAGGGAAACGUCUGGCUGGGUCACAUCUCCAACCUGCAGGGAUUCAUCCAGUAUAAGCUGGGCUCCUCUGACAAAGCCCUGAGCAUCUUCAGACGAGCCAAUGAGACCUUCCAACAUCUUAAAAACUCUGAUAAAGGUCCCUGGUUGAUAGUGAACUUUGGGAAUCUUGCUUGGCUGAACCAUCUUAUGGGCGAAGAUAAGAAGAGUCAGGAUUACCUGUCAAAGGUUGAAGCUCUAAUAAGAGAAUACCCAGCUCCACCUGAGGAAGAUCUCCACCCAGAGGUCUGUGCUGAGAAGGCCUGGACCCUGAUGAAGUUUGACAAAGAGAAGAAGCUGCAGGCUGCAGAGCUCUUCCAGAAAGCCGUGAGGAUGCAUCCAGACAACGUGGAAUGGCAGACCAGCUGGGCCAUAUUAUCAGCAGAUCCCUUCCUAGACAACAUGGAAGACAUGACUCUUGAUGUCUUUGAGAAACUGAGAUCUGCCACUGAACGAGAUCCAGGAAACUUGUAUGUUGCUGCUCUUUAUCUGAGGGCACGAGCUGCAAAAGGAGAACAAAUAAGGAGAGAAGCUCGUGUUUUGGCUGAAAGGAUCCUAGAAAGAUCUCCAAGCAGUUACCAUGGAAUCAACCAAUUAAGGCGACUGUACAGGGACUAUAUAUCUAAAGACGAAACUAUUAAGUUAGUCGAUGAGUACCUGAGGAGAUAUCCUGACUGUCGUCAUGCAAAGAACUCUGCUGCCAUUUGCUAUAAGAUGAAGAUCCUUUCACCAGACUUCACACCCAGUAGUCAAAGCGGCAUGGUCACACGAGCCAUUCGUCUCUGGGAGGAGAGAAUGGAUCUCUAUGGUGAAUCUAAUCUUAAAGAUCAAAUAACUCUAGCUGAUUUAUAUGCAAAGGUGGAUAAAGAGAAAGCUGAUCAGAUUUACGGAGAGAUGUUGAAAAGAAAAAAUCUGGAUUCAGCAGAGGAACAGAUGCUUUACACUUAUCAUGCUAAAUAUUUAUUCUUCAACAGAAAAGAUAAUUCCAGGUCUAUUGAGCACCACAUGAUGGCGGCAAAGAUUCCAGUAGAAUCAAAGUAUCGACAGACAAGCAUCAACGCUCUGGUGAAGACCUUGAACAAAACCAAAGACCCUAAACUGUGUGAAAAAAUCAGGGAGAUUCUGACCAAAGACAGAAUCAAUGAAUAA